AUGGACCCUGUCAGCGCGAUCGGCUUCGCGGCGGGAAUAUUGGCAUUCAUCGAUUUCUCGUCGAAGCUCAUGAGGAAUGCGCACAUUCUGUACAAGUCGAAGUCGGGCACGACCGAAGAAAACGCCCAUAUCGGCAACACAUUGGACGAUCUACGCCAAGUCUCGCAGGAUCUUCACCUACGCGCCAAUAUCAGCGGUGAAGAUUAUGAUGUGAAGGCGAUUGAUAAGCUGGCAGAGCAAUGCAUCUGUCUGUCCCAAGAACUCGGGCAGAUCCUGGAGCGUCUUCAGGUGAAGGGAAAGAGGACGAAGCGGCAAGUCGCCAAGGCGACGUGGUUAACAGUCACGAAGAAGGCUCAAAUCUCCUCAAUUGAGAAGAGGCUUGGAGAGUACCGAGCUGAGAUCAUAUUCCGUCUCAAUAUCAUGACGUGCUCGCAGAACUCGUCCUUCCAGUACCUUCUAGCACAGCUUCAACAGGAUUGUCACCAAAUGGGAAGAGACAUAGCCAAACAGACUGACGCCCUGAAUCAAGAACUGCGAGCGCUGAUCCUAACCCUACAAGAUGACAGAGCACCAGUGUCCAUCGUGACGCUUAGGAGUACAAUUUUAGACCUCGGAAACCUGACUAGGACUGUCCAGAGAGAGAACGAUAUCCUCGGUGAACUCUACUUCGAGUCAAUGUAUCUGCGAGAGAACUCUGUCAAUGAUCCCGAAAUUGGGACUUUCGAAUGGCUUUGGUACAGUCUCAGCCCUGCAUCGUCGUUCAGAACAGCCCCCUCAAUCAUAUCCUCGGAGUCAUGUUUGGGGUCAUCGCAUGGCUUCUCCAGCUUCGAUCAGCGUGGAAGCGGCAGCGAUAGUGUUGGCGGCCGUCAAAACUACCUUCACGGGCUAGAAGCUUCUGCAAGAGGACGCAUGUCUGACGCUUUUGCCUCUUUCCUCGAGGCUGACAAUGGAUUCUUCUUCAUUUGCGGCAAAGUCGGGUCGGGAAAAUCGACAAUAAUGAAGUUCAUUGGCUCUCACAAGCGCUUAGAAAAGAGACUGGCCCGCUGGUCUGGCGACCGAAAGCUGAUAUUUGCCCGGUUUUUCUUCUGGAAAUCCGGCGACCGACUUCAGAUGUCCCUAGAAGGCUUCUACAGAUCUAUACUGUUCGAGAUUCUGAAGCAAUGCCCGCAGCUAAUCACACAGAUAACUCCAUUGUUCGGGCUGGAAUCCGAUGGUAAUCACAGAAUCAACAUGUUGAGCACGGCUAGACAUGCCCUGAAACAGAUCAUCGAUACUCGUCUCAAGAAACAUGCCUUGUGCAUCAUGAUUGACGGGCUCGAUGAAUACGAAGGAGAUAUACUGGAAUAUAUACAGCUGGCACGGCUACUGAAAAGAUGGUCCGAAAAGUCUGGCGUCAAGGUCAUCUGUUCUGCGAGGCCGCACACAGAGUUCAUCGACACCUUCGACGACACCUCCCGGUGCGUCAUGUUGCAUCAGUUGACCCGGGCGGAUAUAUGGUCUUAUGCUUAUGCUCAACUUUCAACAACACCACAACUCACAGCCGAUGAACAAGUCGAGACCGCCGACCUCAUUGUGGACAUGGCAGAUGGUGUUUUCCUGUGGGCACGUCUCGUUGUGCGGUCUCUGUUGACUGGCCUGGUCUAUGACGACUCCCCAAAGGCGCUAAAAAAGAGGUUGCGAGAUACUCCGCGAGAUUUGGAUGCGGUCUUUCGGAAGAUUUUGGGCUCAAUCGACCCUGCCCUGCAGCACCGAUCCGAUCGAAUGCUAUCCUUAGCCCUCCUUGCUCUGGGCUAUUCACACCACGGGAGUCUCAACGCACUUCAUUUUAGUUGGGUAGAAGACUUGGACGAUCCCGAAUUCCCAUUCAAUCGGCCUUGCGUUGGGUACAAAACUGCAGAGAUCGAAAGAAGGCAUAAGUUGGUCCAGCGUCAGAUAGAUGCCCUCACCCGAGGGUUGCUGGAGAUGAAAAACAAUGCCUUAAUGUCGUCAAAUUCGUUUUCCCGGGGGAUACCAAAGAAGAAAGAUAUUGUGUCGAUGAGGUUUUAUGUCACUCCUCAUCCUACCGGUGAUAUCUUCUGGGAGAACUAUGUCGGCUUCAUGCAUCGCAGUGUCACAGAUUUCAUGCGUGUCGAGGCCAGCAUGUCCAGAACCAGAGCCGCAGUUUCCACUUCCGACUAUGUCCGUCUACGGCUCGCUGGAAUUCAGUUUUCUCUCAGUUUAUGGAACUUGGAUGAAUACUGCCACCGUGGCGACUACCACCACACGCUUUGGCCCGCGUGUGAGGAUAUUGUUUACACGCUUGCGCAUGGGCAAAAAAUAUUGGCACAUGAUAAGUUUGCUCGCAAGGCCUUGGGUCAUUUACGCGUCCUUCUUGAUUCCUUCGGGCAGCUUCAACAUUCUCAGCAAGCCAAUUUGAAGGGCAAUUCCUCAAAGGUUGGCCCUUUCUGGGGUACUUCCGAGUACAUUUCGUGGACGCCUUGUGCCAUUCAGAAAAAUAGAGCGUCACUCGACUAUUGGGCCUGGCUUGCGAGUAAAGGACUUGGCUGGUUGGUCAUUGAAGAGUUGAGGAAAUCUGCGGAUUCAAAAGAAGGGUUUAUACCGCCACUGAAUCUUCUCGCCACAUCAAACCGCGAGGCACCGGAUGCCAAUCUGGUACGAUACCUUUUUCAGAGUGGUCUAUCUCCGGAGACCCUUUACAAAGUCAACUGCCCACUUCAACCUUCUGAGCACCACCCCCAUGACAACCCGACAGAAGCCAGGCCCGUUUCAGCAUGGCUUCUUUUCCUUCGUAUGUACCUUGGUAAUUACUUACAUCCUCGCCUUUCGGUUUCACAAGAGCCGUCAUCCAGAGACGUCCUGCUGGAGUAUCUUAGGGCUGGAGCCACCCGGGACAUCGUCGUUCUUGGGUAUAUACCUACGACUCCACCUCCAUUCCCUCCGCCCCUAGAAAUAACUUUCAGAGAUGCACCCAGUCCCGACGAUAUCUUUUGUCUGGGCUUGAAACAGGCACUCACUCUUUGUAUACAAGAAGACAUUGACCUCGAGAUGGAAAGUCUACUACGUCCUCCACCACCACCUCCCGAGGCCAGAUUGUGGAGUAGUGCGACUGGUAUUCUCUCCAGUAUCAUGCCUUCCUCGUCCAAGGCUGCGAAGCGAAACGCCCACAUGGCUGGGUACAGACCGCCAAACGCGGAUGAGUUGAAACAUCCUGAUCUCCUGGUGUAUGGAGUUAUCUCCAAGGACAACGAGCUCAUUGGGGAUUUCGAAUACGAUGUAUACUGA